AUGGCCUCCGCAAAGCCCUCGCCGCCAACCUUCACCCUCACCCACCCGCCCUCCCUCGAGCCCUACAACCUCCCCGCCAAGGCCUGGCUCGCGGCGAACGACAAGCACUGGGACGGCCUCGCGACGGGCGCGCUCGUCUUCGACGCCCGCGACCGCAUCCUCCUCCUCCAGCGCGCCGCGCACGACAGCAUGCCGAACCUGUGGGAGACGCCCGGCGGGGCGGCGGACGCGGAGGACGCGUCGCUGCUGAUUGCGUGCGCGCGGGAGCUGUGGGAGGAGGCCGGACUGGAGGCGGUGGAGGUCGUGAGGGUGGUGAGCGAGGGGGAGGGGAGGGAGCCGGGCAGCGUGUUUACGAAUCGGACGGGGACGGUCGUGUUUUGUCGGUUCGCGUUCGAGGUGAGGGUGAGGGGGGCGGAGGAGAAGACGGGGGAGGAGAUGGGUGUGAGGAUCGAUCCGGAGGAGCACCAGGAUUACGUCUGGGCUUCGGAGGAGGAGGUUAGGGCGCAGAGGGUUGGGGGGAAGGAGACUCCGGUCACGAAUGGGCAGAUGAUGAGAGGACAAAGGACACAGGGCGUACACCGCAACCUGCACAUCACUCACCGCGACCGCGUCGCAGGUGCUCUUGAAUACCGCCCGACAUCAUCCUUGCAGGGCCAGCAAGCCAGCCCGAGGGCCGCUGUCGCAGCAGGAGAAGCCAGCAUCCAAUCCGCUGCUGUGUCUAUCUCGCCGCCUAGGAGCGACGACAAAGCCAAUUCCCACUUCCACGCCUUGCAGCAGGCCCGGCAGUCCAGCCUGUCGCCGUCGAGCAGCGCAUACAGAGGUCGGGAUACCGUCGCAUCGCAAUCCCCGCAGUGCCUUGCCUUGCCACUCGGAGCGAUCUCGGCGAACGGAAAACUGGAUUCCAACAUCCACCCGAGGCGGCGUCUACUACUGUCCAAGAUACCUACUAGACCCUCCGUCCACACAACAACAGCCAAGCCGAUUGCCAACACCGCCCAUCCGCGCUCGCCAAGUCAGACCGAGAUCAAUACACAUCACGUCCUGGCCCUCAGGCUUUGUACCCCACGAACUCCGACCUCAACCAGAGCGCCCCGCCAAGAGGAGGAAACCGUCAAAGGCAGUGUCGCCGACCACCACCUCACUCGGGAAGUCGUCACUCAAAUUCAGCAUCAAGCAAUUUUUCUCGCUCUCGCAGAAGCAAGUCCCGAGCCGAUCGACAUCGCGUGCGUCAACAGCAACCCUGUCGAGACCGCCCAGCAGGGCACCGAGCUUUCUCAACAGACUCUCUACGUACAGAGAGCUAUGGCUGAGGCAUUGCGCCCGCCUCUGCUGAGUGCUCAGUACAACACACCCGGCCAACGAAGCAGUUUGAUGUCGGUGCGAAGUGCGAAGAGCAAUGUGACAUCAAUGGUGACCGAGAUUCCGAAGCCCGUCGCACACGGCAGCGGCGUGAGCUGCUCGAUUCUCAUGGCCGAGCCCAACAUCUUCCUUACCGGAUUCGAACACGACGGUCAUCGCCAUCACUCACAAGGCGGAACUGCGCUGCUCCGUGGAAAGCUGCAAUUGAAGGUGUCCAAGAACGUCAAGAUCAAGGGAAUCAGCUUGAAGUUGGCGGGCAAGGCGCGGACAGAAUGGCCCGAGGGAAUUCCCCCACUAAAGGUCGAUCUCUACGAGGAAGAGUCAUUACGGACACAAGUUCUGACUUUCUUCAACGCCAUGAACGAUGGGUGGGAAACCGACUACGGCAACCAGUGCCAAUACGUGCUGAAGAACAGCUCAUCGAAUUCGUCGUCGACAAACCUCGCAUCCGGAUCGCCCCGCAACUCCAUUUCUCCCUCGCUUCUCUCGAUACCCCAGAACCGCCAAGGUCAAGGCCUUACUGCGAAGGAGCUGAAGCGUCUUUCACUCCAGUCCAACCAGUCGCGCAGCUUCGGCAAAGGCGACAACCCCAAUGGCAACCAGGCCAAGGGCUACAAGGUGUUUUACCCCGGCACUUACGAAUAUACUUUCGAGCUCCCCAUCGACCACCACCAGCUCGAGACGACAAAGUUGCAAUACGGCUCUGUGAAGUGGGAAUUGCAAGCGACUGUCGAGCGCGCCGGUGCAUUCAAGCCCAACUUGCACGGUUCCAAGGAGGUGGCCAUCGUGCGCGUGCCGGACCAGCUCUCGCUCGAGAUGACAGAACCCAUUUCAAUCAGUCGUCAGUGGGAGGAUCAACUUCACUACGACAUUAUCAUCUCCGGCAAAUCAUUCCCCAUCGGCACCAAGAUCCCGAUCGCUUUCAAACUCACGCCGCUUGCCAAGGUCCAGGUACACAAGCUCAAGGUCUUCGUGACGGAGUCCAUCGAAUACUGGACCAACGACCGCAGAGUCACGCGCAAAGACCCCGGUAGGAAAAUCCUGCUUCUCGAGAAGACCGCUGGAAAGCCUCUGGACCCAGCAUACGCAUCGUCGGAUGUCCGCGUGCUCAAUGGCGGCGAGCUGACCCCCCGCCAACGCCGGGAGGCCCGGGAGGCUGCAGCCAUGCGUCGAGCUGCCGACGCCUCGCGUCAUGGCGUGAUGCCGGAACCCCUCCCGGAACCGGUCGACAACAUUUUAGGAGAUUUGGACCUCGGAUUGGAGAGUUACUGGGGUUCGACUGAGAUUGAGAUGAACGUGCAAUUGCCCACGUGCGAUACCAUGGCGAAGGACAAGCAGCUGCGCUUGCAUCCCGACUGCAGUUGGAAGAACGUCAACGUGUACCACUGGAUCAAGAUCGUCAUGCGAAUCUCUCGCAUCGACCCCGAAGAUCCUACCGGUACCAAGCGCCGUCACUUCGAGAUCAGCAUUGACUCGCCGUUCACGGUUCUCAACUGCCGCGCGACACAAGCAAACACUGCCCUGCCCGAAUACUCUGGCCCUGACAGCCUCAUGGCCCAGAGUCGCCAGACUUCCUGCGGAUGCCCCGACGCCGCGACCAUCGCCGGGCCGCCUGAGGGAUCACCCAACAACCUGUCCACCAGCGCUCUCACCAUCACGGACGCCGCCGCCGACCUCCCCGCACCACCGCAAGCCGCCCAUCUACCCGCAUCACCGACACCCACACCAGCAGGCGGCCGGUCCUCGCCGCCAAACUCGCAGACCUCAGUCGACCCUCUCGACAACCAGGCGCGACCCAUUCACCUCCUGCGUGUACCUUCAUACAACCCGCCUGCCUUCGACGCCGAGACACCCCCGCCCCCGGCCGAGAACCAGACCGCCCAGACACCGCCGCCGCAGUACGACGUCAUCGUCGGUACCCCCAGCGUGGACGGUCUGGCGGACUACUUUGCGCGACUCGCUGACUACGGCUACGACGAGCCCGAGGAGGACUCCGACUCCGACGAAGGGCCGGCCCGCAUCUCAGAGCGCGGCGGCCGCGUCAACGUCGCUCACCCGCGCACGCCGGGCGGCAGGAGGGCACCGAGCCGCAGCUUGGAAAUCCAGCGCCCGCCCGUCGAACUCCGGCUCGACUCGCUGCCCAGGCUAGCGCGCCAACCAUAA